GACCUGGGCUCCAUCUGCACCACUGUCCCCAAAGCCAUGCACAAUUCCCUCUGGGACACCACCACCAUCUCCUAUACAGGGUGUGUUGCACAGGUUUUUUUUUUUGUCUUCUUCAUUUCAGCAGAGCUUUGUCUCCUGACCAUCAUGUGCUACGACCGCUACGUGUCCAUCUGCAAACCCCUGCACUACGGGACCCUCCUGGGCAGCAGAGCUUGUGCCCACAUGGCAGCAGCUGCCUGGGCCAGUGCCUUUCUCUAUUCACUGCUGCACACAGCCAAUACAUUUUCUCUGCCCCUGUGCCAUGGCAAUGCCCUGGGUCAGUUCUUCUGUGAAAUCCCACAGAUCCUCAAGCUCUCCUGCUCCAAAUCCUAUCUCAGGGAACUUGGGCUCAUUGCUGUUAGUUUCUGUUUAGGACUUGGCUGUUUUGUGUUCAUUGUUUUCUCCUAUGUGCAGAUCUUCAGGGCUGUGCUGAGGAUCCCCUCUAAGCAGGGACGGCACAAAGCCUUUUCCACCUGCCUCCCUCACCUGGCCGUGGUCUCCCUGUUCCUCAGCACUGUAGCAUUUGCCUACCUGAAACCCCCCUCCAUCUCCUCCCCAUCCCUGGAUCUGUCCCUGUCAGUUCUGUACUUGGUGGCUCCUCCAGCCCUGAACCCCCUCAUCUACAGCCUGAGGAACCAGGAGCUCAAGAAAACUCUCAGGCAACUGAUAACGAGAUGCUUUUCAUCUACCACACAUUGCACGAUUCUGUCUGUCAAUGGCUUCUAG